AAGUACUGAUACAGCAGUUGCUGAAGAUUUGCCAUCAUUCAUGGAUGGGCUCUACGAGUGGGACAAAAAAUAUAUUGUUUGUUUGUAAGAAAUCCAUCAUUUGUCAAAAAAAAUGACGCAUGUUGGAUUUCAAACCCAGAUAGCCGGUAUUAUAGAGGAUCUUGCCAAUGCCGCUGUUGCAGACAUUUGUAAAGUUGUGGAGAAUGGCUACGCUAUUUUACACUUACAAAUAUCUCAAAGUCGCAAACAAAAUGACGCUUUAAAGAGAAAGAUACAGUUGCUUGAGGUUGAGAGGGAUUUUACAUCGAAAUACAAUCGGGAUAGUCCUUCAUCAGUUAAUCAGACUUGUAAAGUAACUGUAAAGAAAUCGUCGAGGAAGAGAGCAAAGGCAGUGGACUAUCCUGAACAUGAAGCUGUCGAAGUUCAUCAAAUUGAUGGAAUACCAGGGUUCAACAGCGAAGACGCCAGAAAAAUACAUUCUGGUCACACAGGGGGUGUGUCUCCAGAUGUCAUUAUAGUAAAAGAAGAAAGAUUAGCAGAUAUGGCAAACUGCACACAAGUGGAUGACCUGGAAGUGCUAAAAACUGGAGAUCGGUCGGUGGAUGCUCAGCACAGCACAGCAGACAUGCUGCAGCAAAUGUUGGAAUGCAGAAUCUUGGAGAGUACUGACAUUGACAGAGGUGAACGUAUCAAGGACGAGAACCUGGAUGCUUAUAUCAAAGACGAUGAUGACCCCCAAAUAUUUGAAGAAUCAGGAACGCAAGAUGACAAGAGGUCCACUCUUUCAGAAACACAGUCAACACAUGACGGAGCAUCGACGCCUUAUGCAGGCAGCCUUGACACCAUCAACCAGACUUCUUCAUCAAACCCCGAUCAUGAGACGGACCCUUUCAACAAUUUCCAUCCUGUCAACUCUGUGUUCCAUGAUGCAAAUAGCUCCAACUGUUCCUACACUUCAGCAUCAGACCCACACCAAGAGAAGAUAUAUCAUGCUGACAGUUUCAGACACACAAAACCUGGAAGUGGAGCCUGUGAAACAUUCAUGGUUGGUGAAAUGCCCUCACACAGUGCUGUUUCCACCACUCUGGAGUACAACAGCACUCAGCAGAGACUUCGUAAACAGUGGUUUGUGUGUAAGACAUGUGGCAAGGUCUGCUCAAGUGGCAGUAGCCUGUUGGAGCACCAGCUAGUGCACUCUGGAGAGCGAUGCUUCAUUUGUCCUCUUUGUGGUAAAAGCUUCACCCAGGCUUCCAGCCUCAAAAAGCACCAGAGCAUUCACACAGGGGAGAAACCUUUCCGGUGUUCACACUGCGGGAAGCACUUCUCAGAUUCCAGCAACCUCCGAAAGCACGUCAGCAUUCAUACGGGAGAAAGACCCUUCCGCUGUAGUCAGUGCGGAAAAACAUUUAACCAGUCAUCCAACCUUAAAACACACAUGAAGAUUCACACAGGUGAAAAACCCUUCAGCUGUGAGAGCUGUGGUCAGGUAUUUGCCUAUAAGAUAAGCUUAGUCAAUCACCAGCUCAAGAUCUGCCUGGGUGAGCAGAACUUGAUGGGACAUAUGCACUUGGAUCCUAUGGAGAAAAGACUGGAUUGCAGUGUAUAAUUCACUUUCAAAAUGAAAGAGAGAUAAAUGUCUGAUGAAUUUGUAAUAUGUGAGUCUGUGAAAAGGUAUUUUAGUAUGUUUGGUAGAUGAUUUUAGGCACAGAGUUAAUUUGGUGUGUUUGUAAUAUGCUUGUUUCUGGGUUUCAUGAACAGUGACUCUCUUUCCACUCUCUUGAAAGAAGUUUGCUGGUUGAGAGGUAUAGAAACAGACCCUGAUGAAUCCUAAUGCAUCACAUAAAGUUUAACACUAAAAAUUAUUAUUAUUAUUAUUAUUAAUUGCUUAAUGUACUUAUUAAGUCUCCUAAAAUGUCACAUUGUAUCAAGUAUUGAGUUAUGUAUUAUUAUUGAAUGUGUAUGAGUAUGUCAAAUUAUACUGCCACGUAACUGUGUUGUAAUGGAAACAUUGCCUCAAGAUUACUAGGUAUAACAUUAAAAAUGAUCAAGGAUA